AUGGCUAGUUUUAAAUGGCCCUACUCUGAAUGCAGUCAAGCAGUAGCUGCUGUUGAAACCAAACGUGUUCGCCUUCAGGCUGAAGAGGAAGAAGAGUCAACUAUGGGUACCGAAGAAAGAACACUGCACCCGAGAGAACUUCUCCGCCAGCUUUCCGAGUCAAUGAAUGGCAGACAUGAUGAACUUUCCGUGACCCUCCCCGCGCACAGUACCUGGAGGUCCGCUAUCCAAGCUGUGGUAGCAGCCCUAGACGACGUCGACGAAUCCUUUCUUGUAAUGCCGCGCAGAUGCGGUAACCGCCGAGCUAUUCGUGAGAUGGCACUGCAGGCAGGCACGGAGGUGAACUUCAAAGGACUCCCAAUCCGAACAAAUGUUGACCUGGGGACGGUGUCACCCCGACCACCUCGUAGCGAAUCGGUUCGCGAGCGUCUGCGUGAGAUUGCCAAGGAUGCUGCCAAAAUGGAAUGGCGAGAUCCUUAUGUAUCGCUCCAUGCCGGAUUAGGAGACUCAUGCCUCCCUUUGAUUCGCGCAAAUAUCACCUUGAAAGGGAUCGAUGGCAACGAGCAAGAUCUGACAUGCGAGCUUGAAGAGGUAGAUAUGGUGUUCGACACAGGUGCACAUCGGACCCUUAUCACUGAAGAGCUACUCUCCCCCGCCUUUCGAGAAUACUUGCGGGACCCUAUCCACGACUCAUAUCGCUCGCCUGACGGUAUAGCUGUGCAGGUUGAUUCUAGUCUGGCUUUGUCAAAUUCCUGUACUAGCAUUGACGCCGUUGCGCUUAUUCUGCCUAAGGCCAAGAUGCCCAACCAGCUAGUUGGGAUUUUAUUCGGCCAAAUUUCCUGUAUUGAUCGACUUAGCCUUCGGGCUAUUCCUCGGCAUGUACUUCUCGCCAGGGGAGAGGAGGUCUCAGAUCAACUCUGGGGAGACAUUUUAGUCGAGGAAUAUGCCAAUCUGGACGGCGAGCUUGUCUCAAUUUGA